AUAAAGACAAUACUGUACAGUGUACAUCAAAGAGCUAAAUUGCCUAUAAAGACUUUUACUCUUAACUAUUUUUAUUUUAGACUAAGUUUUGUUCUUAUGUAAUGUGAUUUGGUUUUAAAUUUAUAUUAAGUGCUCAUCGCACUUGUUAAUUAAUAAUGUUUAUGUGGACAUUUUAUUACCUCACCAUAGUGAUAGUGCUAAAUUCAGCGCUGGGAACUUGGGAUUUCACGGAAAGUUCAUUUGGAAGGAAUAACGAUGGGCUUAUUGCAGCAUUUGGUGACUUUAAUUCCGAUGAAUUAACUGAUGCUUUUAUAAUUAAUGGUUCCAGUAUUGAAGUAUUGUUAGCUCAUGACAAAGAACCAUUUUUGCGACCUUCGUCCUAUGUAUGUAGUUUCGAAGAUCUUGUCAUUACAAGUAUAGUACCUGGAGACUUUGAUGGUGAUGCUUAUAUGGACAUACUCUUUACCUCACAGACCAAAAACGUAACAUCAUCUAUUCAUGAUAUAAGAAUAUUAUGGGGAGGCAUGCCUGAAUUGAAUUGUUCUGAUGGUAUACUUAUAAAAGCUAUAAGUAUUGGACAACCUCUUAUAUUGGAUUAUAACCGUGAUAUGAUAUUAGAUGUAUUCGGUAUAAAUGCUCAAAAGCAAAGAGUGUUCUGGAUUUUUGAUAGAACAAGAUUGACACCAGUAGAGAUUGUGAUUGGAAAUGGAAAAUAUAAAGACAUAAAAUUGCCACAUUCACACUCAUUCUUAGACAUCAAUGAUGAUGAUGCUGCAGAUCUGUUAAUUACGACUAAACUGGAUGUUGAAGUCUGGUUAAAUGAGGAACCCAUGGGGUUCAAAUAUAAUAACAGUAUAGAGCUUCUUGUUGGUUUCCCAGCUAUUUAUGGGCAAAUAUUAUUUGUUGAUGUCGCUCUGUCCGGAGAGUUUUUCCUGGUUGUGCCAGUAUGUUAUGAUCUUAAAUGUAUUAACAGCACUAUUCUUAUUUACAAUAAUAAACAAUGGAUUGAUUUACAAGUUGACCUUAAUGAUGGAAAAGGUACACUGUGGAGUUUUAUCCCACCCAGAAAUGAACCAUAUCUUGAUACAAUAACUAUGAGGAGUGGCGACUACAAUAUGGAUGGAUAUCCUGAUAUUCUAAUGACCCUCAGUCCUGUCAACAAUAAUAACAACACCAAGGUAUUUCUUAUGCAUAAUGUGGCAUGCAACAUGCCAGAAUGUAAAUUUCACAGGACAUUUGAGGUUCAGUGGGAUAAAUUUAGUUCGUUCGGAGACAAUGUUGUUAUGGGCACAUUUUAUGAUUUUUAUAUGGAUGGUGUACUUGAUGUAAUAUAUGUUCAGAAGAACGUCACCACAGGGAAUUAUAUAAUGAAAUCAUUCAAAAAUGAGUUAGAGUAUGAUACAAAUUUUAUAAAGGUCAUUGUGGUUACUGGCUUAACAAAUGAAAAAGUUCCAAUUAUUAAUGGAACAUUGUACAAAAGAAAAUUAACUUUUGGAACCAACUUGCCAGGUCCAAAGAUUGGUUAUAAUACUUGGUCUCAAGAGGGUACUUACAGAACUGGAGUUUGUGCUCAACUACCACAAUCUGCAUAUUUUUCCCUUCAAUUACCAUAUUCAUUGUUUGGUCUUGAUAGAACACCGAAUUUUGUUGACACUCUUACUGUUGGACUUUCUGGAUAUUCCAAGAGUUGGACACAAAUAAUUCCAAACUCACAAAUUGUUCUAAUACCAGCACCACCGAAUGACCCCUCACAGUGGAAAGCACAGUUAUUUGUCACACCAAGCAAAGUUAUCCUCAAAAGUGUGCUUGUUUUGACAGCUAUUAUAAUUGUUCUAAUAGGGUGUGUAUUAUAUUUGCACUGGAAAGAAAGACAUGACUCGCAAUACAUUGAGAUUAUUGAGAAGAAUUAUGUAAAAUUAUAGUUAUUCUGUAUUAUUCUUACCUGUGUUGCAAGUUUCAUUUGUCAUAGUAUGUCUAUAAAUGAUAUGUGAUAUGUAAAUAAGAUUUUGGGUUUUUGUGUACCUAUGUAAAUACAUUAAACAUAUAUUUAGUUUUAAGUUACUGCAGUGUGUAAUUUAUGGUAAUGUUAUCCUAAUAAUAAUGUCAAAUAUUAAAUAAAUCAAAAAUGGUACUGUUGAAAGAUCUCGAUCUACUCACAAUGUCUAAUUACAAUGAUUUUUAGAUUUGAAUUAUUACUUAGUAUGUAAACAUCUUUUGUAAGUCAAACUUUCACCUCUUUAUCAUGAGGUUCAGUUUACAAAGCUAUAUUUAUCUUUCAAAGCCAUGGACGAGUAAAAAAAUAAGGAUUCUGUGUCACCUUACAUAGCAGUGAGGCACCAAAACAAGCCGGUAAAUGUGUAAAUACAUAGCCUCACUCAUACAAGCCCAACAACCGCCAUUAUGAGAUUUACCAUAGUCUGUGACAGAUCAGUUUGUGUCGCAAUAAAAUAUUUUUAAAAUAACGUCGUGCGUUGUGAAAAAGUGUAAAAACAAUACUAUAAAAGUAUUUGUGGAUAUGUGAUUAUUUAAGGGAGAAAAAAUUGUGUAACUGAUAAACCCCGUAACCGCACACACACUAGCAUAAAGGUGCUUCACUUGCUAAUAUCACGGCGCGGAGUCCUUCUUUUCUUUCUAGUCCGUGUACAAAGCAUAAAAAAUUUACAUUCAAGCUCUAUUCUAUUAAGACAUGUUAUAUCUUAUUAGACUCAUUCUGUUUGCGCUUUCUAUGACAAAAAAAAAUAUUAUUAUCAUUAUUUCUUGAUUAAUAUCUACAAUUACAA